GCUCAUUGAGAAUCUUUGGGUAUUGUGAAUCGGAUAUAUUGAAUCAAGUACUUUCAAAAUUAGGGCCUAUGAUGAUACUAAUUCUUGGUGAAUUUAGUUUGCUAAGGCCGUUGAAGUAUUCUAUAAGCUGGGCUACUGUUAUGAAUCAAAUUCAUAUUAAAUCAGGUCAUUG